AUGGACUCCGAAGACGAUACAAAGGAUGAUGUGGAUUCUGGUAAUGAGUCUAGCGGAGACGAUGUCGACUUUGUCAUGGACGAGACACAUAGUACAAGAGAAAGACAAACGGAGCUAGAAGAAUACCCUUACGAGGUUUUAUCUACGGAGGAAAUCGUGCAGCACAUGGUUGAUUGUAUUAAAGAAGUGAAUACAGUAGUAGAGAUACCAGCAACAACUACCCGGAUACUUCUUAAUCAUUUUAAAUGGGACAAAGAAAAGUUGAUGGAGCGCUUCUAUGAUGGGGACCAGGAUCAAUUAUUUUCAGAGGCUAGAGUUAUUAAUCCGUUUAGAAAACCGGUUAUACAGAGGCCUAAGAUACCCAGACGGAUAUCAACAUCUGGCACAGAGGAAUGCGAAAUAUGUUUUUCCAUACUACCAACUUCUAUGAUGACAGGCUUGGAGUGUGGACACAGGUUCUGCACACAGUGCUGGUGUGAAUAUUUGACCACUAAAAUAAUGGAAGAAGGAUUAGGUCAAACAAUAGCGUGCGCAGCGCACGCUUGCGACAUUUUGGUCGACGACGCGACGGUUAUGCGGCUGGUCCGAGACCCGCGCGUCAAGCUCAAGUACCAACACAUCAUCACAAACAGCUUUGUAGAGUGCAAUCGACUGCUGCGCUGGUGUCCGUCGCCGGACUGCAGCAACGCGAUCAAGGUGGCGUACGUGGAGGCGGCGCCCGUGACGUGCCGCUGCGGACACACCUUCUGCUUCGCCUGCGGGGAGAACUGGCACGAUCCCGUCCGCUGCUGCUUGCUCAAAAAGUGGAUUAAAAAAUGCGAUGAUGACUCAGAAACUUCAAACUGGAUAGCCGCAAACACCAAAGAGUGUCCGAAGUGUAAUGUGACGAUAGAGAAAGACGGCGGGUGCAAUCACAUGGUGUGCAAGAACCAGAAUUGCAAAGCCGACUUCUGCUGGGUAUGCCUUGGCCCCUGGGAGCCACACGGAAGCAGCUGGUAUAAUUGUAACAGAUACGAUGAAGAUGAAGCAAAAGCAGCGCGCGAUGCGCAAGAACGUUCCCGAUCUGCACUCCAACGGUACCUGUUCUACUGCAACCGCUAUAUGAACCACAUGCAGUCUUUGCGCUUCGAGUCCAAACUUUACGCCUCCGUCAAGGAGAAGAUGGAGGAGAUGCAGCAGCACAACAUGAGUUGGAUUGAAGUUCAAUUUCUGAAAAAAGCAGUCGACAUCCUAUGUCAGUGCCGACAAACCCUCAUGUACACCUACGUAUUCGCGUAUUACCUGCGCAAGAACAAUCAGUCGGUGAUAUUUGAAGACAACCAGCGCGAUCUGGAAUCAGCCACCGAGACCCUCUCGGAAUAUCUGGAACGGGAUAUCACUAGUGAAAACUUGGCUUACAUCAAACAGAAGGUCCAGGAUAAAUACAGAUAUUGCGACAGCCGACGAAAAGUUCUUCUAGAGCAUGUUCACGAAGGCUACGAGAAGGACUGCUGGGACUAUACAGAGUAA